AAACUGACUAUAGAGUCAUCGGAAUUUGGUCCAUCUCUGGUGGUCCAAACCAGUGUCCCAUUUGGACUUAAACAUAUGGAUCACAGUAAGGAGGACGUACAGAAGUUAAUCAUGCAGCAACUGGAAACCAUUCUGCCGGGUUUGCCUCAGCCAAUUGCUACCAAGUGCCAUAAGUGGACAUAUUCACAGGUUACAAACUCAGUUGCUAACACACCUGGCCAGAUGACUCUUCAUCUCAAGCCUUUCCUGGUGUGUGGAGGGGAUGGAUUUACUCACUCCAACUUCGAUGGCUGCAUCACCUCUGCCCUGAGUGUCAUGAAAGUUUUAAAGCGUUAUAUUUAGUGUUCUUGUUUUCCACAUUUACUUUAGGAUUUUUGU